AUGGAUCGUCAAUCUGCAUACUCUGUUUCUGUCUUUAGUUCUACUCCACAGAACGAUGACACGAGACUGCAAAUCCAAGAGCAGCUUGUCAACUUUAUCCUCAGCUUCAGACUGGACAACAAGUUCAUCUACAGGCAAGUAGACCAAUUAAAAGACAACGCACUGCUCAAGAAGUAUUACUGCGAUGUCGACAUUGGCGACCUGAUCAAGUACAACGACGAGCUUGCCCACCGCAUGGUUUCUGAGCCGGCUGAAUUGAUACCAUUAUUCGAAGCAGCCCUCCGAAAAUGCACACACCGCAUUCUUUUCCCUCAUGACCCCAAAGCCAUCAUCCCCGAACACCAACUUCUCCUCCACUCGACCGCAGAGGAUGUUUCGAUACGCAACCUAGACUCAAUGACGAUUGCCAGACUGGUUAGAGUCCCUGGUAUAGUCAUUGGUGCUUCAGUCAUGUCCUCCAAAGCGACCGAAUUACAUAUUCAGUGCCGAAGCUGCAUGCACAACUCGGUAGUGCCUAUUUUGGGCGGGUUCACAGGUGCAACCUUGCCCAGACAAUGUGGCCGUGAACGGGCCACUGGUGAUCCGGCCGAAAAAUGUCCCCUGGAUCCGUAUUUUGUGGUCCAUGAGAAGUCACAGUUCGUGGAUCAGCAGGUCAUCAAACUGCAAGAAGCCCCCGAUCAAGUUCCAGUAGGUGAACUACCGCGCCAUGUGCUCAUUUCGGCGGAUCGCUACCUCACAAACAGAGUCGUGCCAGGCUCGAGGUGUACAGUCAUGGGAAUUUUCUCCAUCUACCAGAAUAAGGCUUCCAAGGGUUCUGGCGGAGGUGCGGUCGCUAUUCGAACGCCUUAUCUGCGUGCCGUCGGUAUCCAGACCGAUGUUGAUUCAACGGCAAAGGGCCUUUCAAUCUUUAGCGAGGAAGAAGAGCAGGAGUUCUUGGAGCUGAGCCGGCGGCCUGAUCUUUACAACGCCAUGGCUGACUCGAUCGCCCCAGCCAUCUACGGUAACCGAGACAUCAAAAGGGCUAUCUUGUGUCUACUCUUGGGUGGCUCCAAGAAGAUCCUUCCCGAUGGAAUGAAGCUGAGAGGAGAUAUCAACGUGCUCAUGCUGGGUGAUCCGGGUACCGCCAAGUCUCAGCUGCUGAAGUUUGUGGAGAAAGCAGCUCCCAUCUCCAUCUACACAUCAGGAAAGGGUUCGUCUGCUGCUGGUUUGACAGCAUCCGUGCAAAGAGAUCAUUCUACUCGAGAGUUCUACCUCGAGGGAGGUGCCAUGGUGUUAGCCGAUGGCGGUGUUGUUUGUAUCGACGAGUUCGAUAAGAUGCGUGACGAGGAUCGUGUUGCUAUUCACGAAGCUAUGGAGCAGCAAACAAUUUCCAUUGCCAAGGCCGGUAUCACGACGAUUUUGAAUGCACGUACUUCGGUACUUGCAGCCGCCAACCCGAUUUUCGGUCGUUAUGACGACAUGAAGACUCCUGGAGAAAACAUCGACUUCCAGACGACCAUCUUGUCUCGUUUUGAUAUGAUCUUUAUUGUCAAGGAUGAGCACACGCGAGAGAAGGAUGAGCGUAUUGCCAAACACGUCAUUGGCAUUCACAUGGGUGGACGUGGUCUUGAAGAGCCUGUGGAAGGUGAAAUUCCUGUUGAGAAGAUGAAGCGAUACCUCUCAUACUGCAAAUCUCGUUGCGCACCCCGACUUUCGCCCGAGGCAGCGGAGAAGCUGUCCUCGCAUUUUGUUUCUAUCCGGAAACAAGUCCAUGCUUCUGAGAUGGAGGCCAAUACCCGCUCGAGUAUUCCCAUCACAGUUCGUCAGCUGGAAGCCAUUGUCCGUAUUACGGAGUCUCUUGCAAAACUCACUCUUUCCCCCGUGGCUACAGAGCAACACGUCGAUGAGGCCAUCCGCUUGUUCUUGUGCUCUACCAUGGAUGCCGUCAACCAAGGCAGCAACCAGGGUAGCCGUGAGCUAAACGAGGAAGUCAACCGCGUCGAGGCAGAGCUCAAGAGACGUCUGCCCAUUGGAUGGAGCACGAGUUUGGCAACCCUCAGACGGGAAAUGGUUGAGGGCAAGGGAUUCAGUGAACAGGCUCUCAACAGAGCUCUGAUGAUCCUACAGAGGAGAGACACUAUCAUGUUCCGGAAUCAGGGCGCACAAGUGUACAGAAAUGGUGCAUAG